ACUCCUCAUCUCCUUCGCUCGGCUCUCACUGUGGAAGCACAUUGUUCUACGCGGGCUCAUCAUACUGGAAACCAGUGAUUCUUUUUUCCUGCGUAUCACCGACUGAAAAAUAAACCAACUCCCAGAUUAGCAAAUAAAGGACAUUGGUAACCCAAAGAGACGUUUGGACAGAUCUCAGGAACAUUUUGUUUUUUUUUUUUUGUUUUUUUCAUCUAACUGUGGCAACGGAAUUGAAAGAUUUCUUUCUUCCUCUGCGACUGACGAAACAUCGCUUUUGUCGGUAAUUAGACCUCUGCUCGUUCGUCGUGUUGUGGACGGCAGCGGCAAACAUGACGGAGUAUAAGCUGGUGGUGGUGGGAGCUGGAGGCGUGGGCAAGAGUGCGCUCACCAUCCAGCUCAUCCAGAACCACUUUGUGGAUGAAUAUGACCCGACUAUAGAGGACUCCUACCGGAAGCAAGUGGUGAUCGACGGGGAGACGUGCUUGCUGGAUAUCCUGGACACUGCAGGUCAGGAGGAGUACAGUGCCAUGAGGGAUCAGUAUAUGAGAACAGGAGAGGGCUUCCUCUGCGUUUUUGCAAUCAACAACACCAAAUCAUUUGAGGACAUUCACCAGUACAGAGAACAGAUCAAGCGUGUGAAAGACUCUGAUGAUGUACCCAUGGUGCUUGUGGGAAACAAAUGUGACCUCCCAGCACGCACAGUGGACACAAGGCAAGCCCAGGAGCUUGCUCGCUCCUACGGCAUCCCUUACAUUGAGACCUCAGCUAAGACACGACAAGGAGUGGAGGAUGCCUUCUACACACUGGUGAGGGAAAUAAGACAGCACAAGCUGAGGAAGCUGAAUCCACCUGAUGAGAGCGGCCAGGACUGUAUGAGUUGCAGAUGUGUGGUAUCGUGAUGCAGCUCUCCAUUACACGUUGAGGAGAAAUGCUGCAGCGUAAAGUCGAAAAGUGAUGGAUAAAAUAACCUAAAGAUGACACAUGAACUUUAACUAAAGGAUGAUGACUGAAGUGAAAGCUCAUAAAGGAAACCAACACGGCUGACUGAACCAUAGACUCUUACGAAAAAGAGGAUUUUUUUGGACUGUUGCCUGAGUGGCUAGCUGAACUGGAUUGGUCCCAUCUCCUAAUUUCUUACCAUUUUUAUGUUUUGUUUUGGUCUGCAUUGGCCUGCGAGCAACACCACUAACGACUUGGAACAAGCUGUGUUGCUCUACGUUUCUCUUGCUAACUUAUUGUUUUCAGUCUCGACACUGGUUGUGAAGAGGGGGUGUUUCCUACUCCCUCCCUCUUGCCUUGAAACCUAAUCCCCCUCUCCCUACAGAGCCUCUGGAAGUACUGACUGACUCUCAUUUGGGAAAACAACUGGAAAGAACUUUUACUUUUUAUUGUCACACUGCAUAAAUAAUCAGCCUCAACGCACUCACUCUACCUGUGCUGGGUUUAGUUGGGCGGCUCCUGUUAUUGGACUGUUCUACUGGAGAAGAAAAAAAAAACAAAAAACGUUUUUUUCAUACUAAUUAGUGUAAACUGUAAAGGAAAAGUGUGGAUUUUUGUUGUGAUUGGUAGAUUUGAAAGCCACUGAAACAGUGCUUAUUUCACACGCCACCUGCUUUGGUAUUUUUAUUGACCUGUCUUUGAAAUGACAGAAGGUUCUUUUGGGAUAGAUGUGUUGAAGGGAGAUUACUGAAAUGGGUUGAUUUCAAGGAUGCAGCUGCAUUCACUAAUUACAAAUGUCUCAUUGUGAAAUGUCUUUGCAAAAUAAUAAUUGUGACGACUGGCGUACGUAUGUUCUGGUGCAAUAGAACUCCACCCUCCCAACUGCAAGUGUUGGAAAUACACUUCCUUAGACUUCUCUAUUUCAGUUUAGUUUCACAAGGAAAUUUGCAAAUUAAUGUUGUUGGGUUUUUGUUUUUUUGGGUUUUUUUUUCACAUUUCUUUUCAGUAACUAGUGUUUACAGCUCUUACUUGUGAAUGAUUCCUAUUCUCAGACUGAAAGAUUUGCUUCUUUAAAUCAUAAAGGCUCAGGAACCAAGGUCCAGGAAGGGCUCAUCUAACUUGUCCUGGCAGCCAAAGUAAGGUGUGUCAGAAGUUGGUGUUGCAGACUGUUGUAGCGCACAAGUCCUGCCUCAGAGUCCAAUGUCUUUUUUUUUUUUUUUUUUGCCACAGACAUACACACACCGAUCUAUCCUCAAGUUCCUCCUUCUCUGCCACCUACAGCUCUUCUAAAGGAGCGACAGCAAGUCAGGUGCUUAUUUUAUGAAACCAUAUUUACUGUACAUGUGGGACUAAUGUGUGAAACAGAUGAUGGAUGGUGGACUACAGGAGUGUGUUGCUUGGACUUUUUUUUUUAAUGCUUCUAGGCUUGUGCUCUCCGAAACUAAUUUGUUUGCUGCCUAAAAGAGACUUAUGUGUUUAUUUUGCCUUAUCUUUUAUUUAGUAUUUACCUUAGCAGCAAACUCUACCAGAGGUGAUGUUUGCUAUUUUUUUUUGAUGAUUGAUCUGAAAAUAUAUGAUUGUGUUAAACAAAAUCAUGAAAAAAAAACACUACAGGUUAUUAUUAUGUUUUGCUCUUCUGUAAUAGCAUCUUUCUGGAUUGGAUAUUUACUUGUUAAAACACAUGACAUAUAUGUCAAAUGAGAAAUGAGCUGGUAUACAACCUGUUGCCAAAAUGGAACCAGUUAAAAAAAAUUACAUUCAAUGUAAAUGUACCAGAUUGAUUUAUCAAAUGUGGAAAUGACUUGAGCACUAGCAGGUUUUGAAAUUUGCUUCAUUUGUGGAUCUCGGGCAUAUUUUCAGGUUUCAGUGAAUGAUUUCAAAUUUUACUUGGCUGCAUUUUGUAUUACAUCUGGUCUUAGCUGAUUGUUGUACAGUUAAAACGCCGAAAUCUAUCGCGUGGAUUCUGGUGGCCAGUUUGUUUUUUAAUUACUUGUUCAUUUCUCCUCCAGAGAAAAGUCACAAACUGUGAAUGUGCUUGGGUCUUUUACAUUUGGUUUGAAAGACACUUUGUGUUAAGAUUAUGGAACUGAUGUAGGGGGUUAUCAUUGACCCCACCUUGGGCCGUGUUGUUUAAUUGGGGGGUGGAAAAACUGGAGUUUGUAACAUGGAGUUACAGUUGUGGUGAAGCCCCCCACCAACUUUAUUUUUAUUUAUUUUUUAUUUUUACAACAGUUCACUGAUAGUAUAAUCAUAGACUCACAAAUCUAUGCACACAACCCCUUCUACUCCCCAUCGCAUUAGAAAAAGCAGCAGCAUGUUGUUGCAAAACUCGGCCACCAAAUCACCUACAUCAUACGGUCUUGUUUAAAACCUUGGCAAGCAUGACAAAGACCGUAUGAACCAUUGAGGUGGGGCAGGUGGAUGGUUUGCACAAAUGUAAUGAGCUCAAAGGCUCAUUUCUCCCCUUGCAAACCGUGGAAUAGAGGCGUGAAAGAAUUUUGUGAAAAUGUCAGCUGUGUAGCUAUUUAAAAUGUAUUUACUCUUUAAAAAAAUGUGGCAAAUGUAUUGCAGGACAAGAAUAAAGAUGUCAAGAUGAA